GGCCGGCGCGGCGCGCGAAUCAUGGUCACCGCGGGAGUCGGGUGUCCUGCGUUGGAGUCCUAGAGCUGUCGCUAGCCUGGGGACCCUCACUCGCUCCUCCCCUGGGGCUCCGGAGUGCUCCUUUGCAAAAAGGGGCCAGUGGUGUCCGAGCCUUGAAGGGGUGGAUGGCUUCAUUCAUUCGGGCGCUUGGCGGGGUUGGGUGCUGCGGAUGGAGAGGACCUGCCCGGGAGGGGUUCCAGGUGUCCUGAGCAACCCCGACCUGUCACGUCAAGGGGGUUGAAUACUUGGGAAUUCUUUAGGGAGGAAAAUGGGCUCUUAAGAUAAAAUAUGUUAAUUUGAACGUAUAAAUUUUAGAGUUGGAGAUGAGGGAAUGGCAAUUCUAGGUAAAUACAAAGGACUGUGCAUUGUUAACUAACGCAUUGCAUAUUGUGAUAAAGUUUAUUCCAACUUACAAAUGACAGUCUCCACCUAUCACAUGUGGUCUUCACUGCUAAACCAGCAGAUCUCCAGGAGAAGAUGACUGUCUUCUUUAAAACACUCCGAAAUCAUUGGAAGAAAACCACAGCUGGGCUCUGCCUGCUGACAUGGGGAGGCCACUGGCUCUACGGGAAACACUGUGAUAACCUGCUAAGAAGAGCAGCCUGUCAAGAAGCUCAGGAGUUUGGCAAUCAAUUAAUUCCUCCCAAUGCGCAAGUGAAGAAGGCAACUGUCUUUCUCAACCCUGCAGCUUGCAAAGGCAAAGCCAGGACUCUGUUUGAAAAAAAUGCUGCCCCGAUUUUACAUUUAUCUGGCAUGGAUGUGACUGUCGUUAAGACAGAUUAUGAGGGACAAGCCAAGAAACUCCUGGAAUUGAUGGAGAGCACAGAUGUGAUCAUUGUUGCUGGAGGAGAUGGGACACUGCAAGAGGUUGUUACUGGAGUUCUGCGAAGAACAGAUGAGGCUACCUUCAGUAAGAUUCCCAUUGGAUUUAUCCCACUGGGACAGACCAGUAGUUUGAGUCAUACCCUCUUUGCCGAAAGUGGAAGCAAAGUCCAACAUAUUACAGAUGCCACACUUGCCAUUGUAAAAGGAGAGACAGUUCCACUUGACGUCUUACAGAUCAAGGGUGAAAAGGAACAACCUGUGUUUGCAAUGACUGGCCUACGAUGGGGAUCCUUCAGAGAUGCUGGCGUCAAAGUUAGCAAGUACUGGUAUCUUGGGCCUCUAAAAAUCAAAGCAGCCCACUUUUUCAGCACUCUUCAGGAAUGGCCUCAGACUCAUGAAGCCUCCAUCUCCUACAUGGGACCUACAGAGAGACCUCCCAGUGAACCAGAAGAGACCCCUUCCCGGCCUUCUCUGUACAGGAGAAUAUUACGCAGACUUGCCUCCUACUGGGCACAACCGCAGGAUGCCCUCUCGCAAGAGGUGAGCCCAGAGGUCUGGAAAGACUUACAGCUGUCCACCAUUGAGCUGUCCAUCACAACCCGGAAUAGCCAGCUUGACCUGACAAGCAAAGAAGACUUUAUGAACAUCUGCAUCGAACCUGACACUGUCAGCAAAGGAGACUUCAUAACUAUAGGAAGUAAAAAGGUAAGAGACCCCAAACUGCGUGCGGAUGGCACCGAGUGUCUCCAAGCCAGCAGGUGCACCCUGCUUCUUCCUGAGGGAACAGAGGGCUCUUUCAGCAUUGACAGUGAAGAGUAUGAAGCGAUGCCUGUUGAGGUGAAACUGCUCCCCAGGAAACUGCAGUUCUUCUGUGAUCCCAAGAAGAAAGAACAGAUGCUGCAGAGCACAGCCUAGUGAGUGGACAGUGACGAGGGCCUCUCCGAGACCACACUUUGGGCCACCUGUGGGACCAAAAGGGAACAGAUGCCUCAGCUGUCCCCAUAGUGUUGUCAGAGAAUCCCAAGGGCAUUUUCACAGCAAGUACCCCGUCCUCCCCAGAAGUGCUUCCCAUAGUGCACCCUGCCACCUGCUCUGCAAUUGGUACUCCAUUAGCGCAUGCUUUCAUUUUGGUGUGAUAGUCAGUCCCUCCUAGAUAGUGAUUUCCCUCAAGCUUGUCAAGGACAUUCUCACUCUCAGUGGUUGGAAAGGGCUAGAGCUUUGUUAUCUCCUUGAAGUGCACCCAUGUAUGGAGAACAGGAUCUAAUUUUUUUUUUUCUUUUGGUACCAGGGAUUGAACCAAGGAGUGCUUAACCACUGAGUCACAU